AUGGCGUCAAACACCAGCGACGACUCCCAGCAAAGACCAAGGCAGAGAAACGGACCGCCUCCGCCGCGUCGACAAGGGAGAAACCCGCCGCCUCCGUCGUCGUCAACGCGAACUCAGUAUCAGCCUCAGCAGCAACAACAGCAGACGACUCAGGGCGUGCAGGAGAAGAGGAAACCGGUGUUCGUCAAGGUGGAUCAGCUUAAACCGGGCACGAAGGGCCACACUUUGACCGUUAAGGUCGUCGAUCAGAAUCUCGUUCCUCAGAAGCCCGGCGCUGCCUCUUCUCACCUCCGACCUGCUCGGAUCUCUGAGUGUCUUGUUGGUGACGAGACUGCUUCCAUCCUCUUUACCGCUCGCAACGAUCAAGUGGACUUGAUGAAGCCAGGAACAACAGUGAUACUCAGGAACGCAAAGAUAGAUAUGUUCAAGGGAUCGAUGAGGCUUGCUGUUGACAAAUGGGGUCGUGUCGAGGUCACUGAACCGGCUGAGAUAACUGUGAAAGAGGACAACAAUCUGUCCCUUGUGGAGUAUGAGCUCGUCAAUGUUGAUGAAUGA